AUGCCCCUGUCUAGAGCUCGGUCUCUAUUCCGAAGUCUAAGCGCGAGUAAUGCGAAUGUGCACGCGAACUCGAACGACAACCGCCAGGGCAGCAUCGGCACCAGCACGAGCACCAGCAAAAGCAAAUCGACGGUGCCGGAACACGAUGAAGGCGAAAACGGCGGCAGCUCACUCGUUUCCAACCUGGGCUUCACACUUGCGAGCAUCACCACCCGCCGACGGAGCAGAGCAAAAUCGACUGGGAAAGGAACCGGCGAGGGCACGCUCGAUGGAUGGAGAAGCAGAGAUCGACUCGGUCUGCGGGAUCAGCGGCGAAGCCAGCCAGACCUACUAGACCUCGUCAGCACUGGCGACGGCUCCCCCAGACUGAGACAGCGACAGAGGCAGCCGAGCGACGUCCAGGCCAAUGGCAAUGGCAAUGGCAACGGGGACGACGCCGGGGACCAGCAAGGAACUGCAGCGGCACCGGCACCGGCACCAGCACCAGCACCAGCACCAGCCACACCUACGACGCUCUCGUCGCCUCCUCCCACUUGCACUUCCACACCCGCCCCAACCGAGCCGGACACGCCAACGCCAGCGACCGAACCCACCUCGUUUUCUACACAUACUCCUACUAGUGAACCCUCCUCGACUGCGCCUGCGCCAGCAAAGACGGCGUCCAUCAAUAAUCUUGCUGUCUCUACAGCUGCUACUGCUGCUGCUGCUGCCGCCAUCGACAGUCCCUCGCUGGAUCCUCGAUUCUCAUCACAUCCUCCGUCUUCUGUCCCCACGAACCUCCCCCUCGUCCUCGUCCAGCGACCCUCUAUUCCGAACGUACCAUCCCUGCCCCCAGCUCAGCCAUGUCCUCGAUAUGAUCCUCACGGAGCAAUGCAGAGAAAAUUAUGGGUGAAGCGGCCCGGCGCUUCCCCGACCAGAGUAGAGGUUGCCGAGGAUGAUCUGGUCGACAGUGUCCGCGAUGCUAUUCUGCAAAAAUAUGCCAACUCGCUUGGCCGCAGCAUCGAUGCCCCCGACAUUAUUCUGAAAAUCAUCAGUCGCGAACAGGGAAACAAGAACGUCCCGCUGGAGCGUGCCUUGGGCCCCGAAGAACCCAUAGGCACCACCCUCGACUCCUACUAUCCCGGCGGCCAGACUGUCGACGAAGCCCUCGUCAUCGAGGUGGCCUCUGCCCGGCGGACGCCACGACCAUCCCCUCGGGGCGGCAACCACCAGAUAUCCUACAUCUAUCAGGACCAAUACCGACCUCCCGACGAUGCGCGAGAGUACUUUCCUCCCAUGCCCUUGCACUCUCCUCACCUCUCGGCCGUUGCCCACCCGGCCACUGUUCAACACUCCAUGUCCGUCUUGACCACGGGCCAGCUGCCGCCUUUACCAAGCCCCGGAUCACAUGGGCGACGGCACGGCAGGCCAAAGUAUGGCAGACAACAUACAAGCAGCCCGACCAUUUUACACACGGUCCAGCCGAAUGGGCAAGUCAUAGAAUCGAAGUCGCAGAUGAAUGGCACGAUUCCUGCCGCUCCUCCCCUUCCUACCCCUCCCGCGCAAGGUGACCACAAGCCAUCAAUAACACCUCCCAACCGAGGUUCGUCUCCACAUCCCGGGCAGAAGCAAAAGCAAAAGCAAAGGAGGAACCUGGUCAGAAAUCGCUCGUCCAACGGUGAUCCCUCGUCGACGACCGCCAAACCUGCUUCGGCGGCUCUCCUGGACGGUACCGUCCCUCCGAUCAAUGUGCUCCUGGUCGAAGACAAUGUCAUCAACUUGAAAUUGCUAGAAGCGUUCAUGAAGAGACUCAAGGUCAGAUGGCAGUCGGCUAUGAACGGCAAAGAGGCAGUGGCCAUGUGGCGAAAAGGCGGAUUCCACUUGGUUUUGAUGGACAUUCAGCUUCCGGUCAUGAAUGGGUUGGAGGCUACGAAAGAGAUCCGGCGACUGGAAGCUGUAAAUGGGAUUGGUGUCUUUGGCGGAAGUCCCAUCGACAAUCAACCCAAGAUGACCCCAUCCACCGGGACUCCGGAAGAGGCUGAUGUCUUGCCUGAUCGAAGUCUUUUCAAGAGUCCGGUCAUUAUUGUGGCGUUGACGGCCAGCAGUUUACAGAGUGAUCGGCAUGAGGCUUUGGCGGCGGGCUGUAACGACUUUUUGACAAAGCCGGUCAACUUUGUAUGGAUGGAACGUAAAGUCACCGAAUGGGGCUGUAUGCAAGCUCUGAUUGACUUUGAUGGUUGGAGAAAGUGGAAGCAAUACGCCGAAGAAAAAGAAAAAGAAGACCCGGCGAAGAAAGCAGCCGAGGCAAAAGAGGAAAAGGCCAAGGCGAAGGCAGCACUGACGGCCAUGUUCUCUCGACCACCACCUAGCGUUAAGAAGGACAGUGCUGAGAGCACUGGAUCAGGUUCUUCAACAUCGAAUACAGGUAAUGUCAACCGCAGUACGACACCGUCUCAGAAUGGCACGGCAAAGAAAGCCAGCGGUCCAGUUACUAGUACGACUGGGCAACCUCGAGGUCACAGAAAUAAUCGAAGUGUUUCUAAUGGUGGUCGAGGGGGUUUAGAGAGUAUGGCGGAAGAAAAUGGAGUUGAGUCGUGA